AUGCCGCCGAAGAAGAAAGCUGCGAAACCCGCGUCAAAGUCCGAGAAGGAGGAGACGAACGAAGCACCAGAAUUACCCGCGACGGAAACGAAUGAACCUCCCAAAGAUGAAGCGCAACCUGCCGAGGGCGAUCUAAAGGCCGAUGCCAACGAUGCGAAUGAAGAGAAGGUCGAAUCGAAUGGCGAUGCUAAGCAGGAUGAGAAACCAAAUACAACCUCCAAACCUUCAAAGAAGCGCAAGAAAGAGGCUGAACCUACAGCACCCUCGAAAGCCUCUCGUCGAUCCGCACGAGGCGUGUCAAAGUCAGAGCCGUCCCAGCAACAGCUUCUAAACUUCUUGCUAAGCUCGAAAGCACAAGAGCUUGUCAGGCCAGAAGAUGAGAAGAAAGAUGUCCAAGAGCGGGGAGACAUCCGGACGUACUCAUCGUCCGUCUUGAACCCAUUCGAAGAGCUCAUGAGUGCGAUGGUCUUGUCGCGACCCAUCUCUCAUCGCUUGGGUCUGCGAUCGAUCAGGACAGUCCUUAACGACCCAUACAACUUCUCAAACGCGAAGACGGUGAAAGAUGCUGGCGAAGAGAAGCGACAUCAAGCGCUGUGGGAUGCGAAGACUCAGCACAAGGGCAAAACGGCCGACCAGAUUGGUAUGCUUGCUGAUGUCGUCUUGGACAAGUACACCUCGGAUGACGAUAAGGAAGGAGCACAGCUGAAACGGGCUCUGUCUGACAACGACAAUGAUCUCGACAAGGCUCUCAGCUCGAUGAAGGAGAACAUCAAGGGUCUCGGCAACACGGGCUUAGACAUCUUCCUCCGACGAGUGCAAUGGUUGUGGGACGUCGGAUUCCCAUACAUCGAUGGCCGGACGAGGGAUUCUCUGCGAAACAUAGGCCUGACCCCAGACGCUGAGGAGCUGCAGAAGCUGGUCGAAGAGCACUGGCGUCAGCUUGAUACGAAGCAUCUGGCAGGUGAAGGCGAAGCAGCGAAGAAGCGCAGAGCGUUUGUUGUCAUUCUGGAGAGGGUGACGGGAGCAGAUCUGGAGGGCAAGGUUGAUGCGGUCUUGCAAGAGGCUGCGUCUGCUUGA